AUGCACUGCCACGCCGAGCUGAGGCUGAGCUCGCCCGGCCAGCUCAAAGCAGCCAGGCGGCGCUACAAGACUUUCAUGAUCGACGAGAUCCUGUCCAAGGAGACCUGCGACUACUUUGAGAAACUUUCCCUCUACUCUGUGUGCCCGUCGCUGGUCGUGCGACCCAAGCCCCUGCAUUCCUGUACGGGAUUCACAGAAUUGGAUCAUAGAAGAAAACAUGCCAGAAAAAGAGUAAUAAAUAGCCUCAGAAAAAUAGUCAUCGAGUAG